CUACUUCACUCACGCUCACUUCCCCUUGACAUGGCACCGUUAUUGAAUCCACCCUUCCGGGCAGACCACAUCGGGUCUUUGAAACGUCCCGCUGCUCUUCUCCAGAAGCGAGCUGAGUUUGACGCGCAGAAAAUUUCCCAGGAGGAGCUAACGAAGACUGAGGAUGAGGCGAUUAACGAUAUCGUGAAGAUGCAGAACGAAGUGGGCAUCAAGGCGGUUACCGAUGGAGAGUUCAGGAGGCACAUGUUCUUCGAUGGCGUCUUUGAUAACAUGGACGGUAUGAAGUUCGUCCCAGAUGUUCCCCUGGAGUGGUUUAUGGACUAUGUCCCCGACACCGCGGGAUUCAAAGCCCAGUCUUUCAAGAAAGCCGCGUCAUACCUCUGUGAAGGAAAACUGCACCGCACAAAGUCGUUCUACAGGUCUCAGUUUGAGUACAUGAAGAAGAUCACACCGCCCGAAAACCACAAAAACAUCAAGAUCACGAUGUGCGCUCCCGAGUGGUUCCAUCUCCGACACGGCCCCCACGCCUACCCAAAGGAGGUGUACGCCAAUGACGAUGAGUACUUCGCCGAUAUCGCGGUCGCGUAUCAAGAAGAGAUUGCAGAACUUUACUCCCUCGGCUGCCGUAACAUCCAGUUCGACGACCCCCUCCUCGCCUACUUCUGCGCCGAAUCUAUGAUCACCGGUAUGGAGAAGGAAGGGAUUGACCACGAGAAAAUCCUCACGACCUACAUCAAGGCCUACCAAGACUGUUUGAAGGGCAAGCCGGAGGACAUGAACGCGGGUCUGCACUUGUGCCGAGGAAACUUCAGAGACGGAAGACAUUUUGCUGAGGGUGGUUACGACAGGAUCGCCGUGAGGUUGUUUAACGAGAUUCCUGUCGAGUGCUACUACCUCGAAUACGACACCAGCCGUGCAGGAACUUUCGAACCCUUGAGGUUCAUGCCAAAGGACAAGGUUGUCGUUCUCGGCCUCCUUACGUCUAAGUUCCCGCAGCUUGAAGACAAGGAAGAGCUCAAGGCUAAAGUCCACGCCGCCGCGUCCGUCAUCGCUAAUGGUACCGUCCCUCGCUCACAAGAGGAGGCACUCAACCAAAUCUGCAUCUCGCCACAGUGUGGCUUCGCCUCCCAUGCGGACGGAAACCCCGUCACGGAGGCAGAUGUGAUCAAGAAGCUGUCUUUGGUCGUUGAGACUGCGAAGGAGAUCUGGGCCGACGCUUGAUCACAUUCUCUCACUUCAUCCUCUCUCUCUUUUGGUGUCUUUGUUUCCGGUCUUUCGCUGUGUGAGUCUAUCGGACUACAAGGGAGAGAAGUCAAUUCAACUUGAUGUCUUUCUGUAUCAUGUACGUCUUUUCGAUAGGUCUCAUCUACUGGAGUUCUAGUCGUCUGCUCUAUAUAUUCGUCCUCCAUGUAUCUUCGCACUGGUACAGUCUAUCACGGAUAAUUCAACAUUAUUGUAGCCAUUUAUUUCAUCUUGAAUUUUACGAGGGGUAUGCCAUUACG